ACCAGCCUCCUCUGGAGAUGAACGACCUGUUCGAGGACGUGAAGGACGGGCUGAAGCUUCUGGCUCUGCUGGAGGUUCUGUCCGGACAGCGGCUGCCCUGUGAACAAGGACGCCACCUGAAGAGGAUCCACUGGGUCUCCAACAUCAGCACCGCUCUGAAGUUCCUGGAGGGCCGAAAGAUCAAACUGGUGAACAUUCACGCCACCGACGUCGCAGACGGACGACCGUCCAUCGUUCUCGGCUUGAUCUGGACCAUCAUCCUCUACUUCCAGAUCGAGGAGCUGACCAGUAACCUGGCGGCGCUCCAGGCGCUCUCCGACAGCAGCUCGUCUGUGGACAGCCUCACCAGCUCAGAGACAGGAAGUCCUCCCAUGAAGAGGAAGGUCGUGCACAAGUUUCAGGGGAACGCCAAGAAGCUCCUGCUCAGAUGGGUGCAGAGCACGACGGCCAGGCAUCAUGGAAUCGAGGUGAGAGACUUCGGCCCCAGCUGGCGUGACGGCGUGGCCUUCCAGUCCAUGGUGCACGCCAUCAGGCCGGACCUGGUGGACAUGGAGGAGGUGCGGCGGAGGAGCAACAGGGAGAACUUGGAGGAGGCCUUCUCACUGGCAGAGAACCAGCUGGGAAUUCCUCGACUGCUGGAUCCUGAAGACGUGGACGUUGACAAACCGGACGAGAAGUCCAUCAUGACCUACGUGGCCCAGUUCCUGAAGCAGUACCCGAAUCCGGGCCCGUCUGGACAGCAGGAGUUCGGUCCUCACAAUCUAGAGCUGAUGCUGGAGAGAGAAGAGAGGAAGAUGCUGCGGGAGCUGAAGGUCUUCCUGGACCAGCUGGAGAAGGACGUGCUGCGGGCCCAGGGAUCCGACGGAAACCUGUCCGACAAAUACCAGGUCUUCAAGAACUUCCACGUGCAGUUUGAGAUGAAGAAGAAGCAGGCGGAGCCGCUGCUGCAGCCGAGCCAGCCGGACGGGAAACUGUCCGUGGAUCAAGCUCUGGUCAAACAGGCCUGGGACCACGUGUGCGCCAGGCUGCUGGACUGGCACAUCCAUCUGGACCAGUCUUUGCCGGGCCCGCUGGGUGCCAUCGGGGCCUGGCUCCACAGGGCAGAGAUGGCUCUGAGGGAGGACUUCCCGCUCCACCAGGCUCCCGAGGAGACGGCCAACAUUCUGCACCGGAAGCUGCAGCAGCACCAGGACGUGUUGAAGAACCUGGAGGUGCACAGAAGGACCUUCCAGCAGAUCCACAGGGACAGGUCCGUCAACGGGGUUCCGGUUCCUGCCGAGCAGCUCCAGGACAUGGCGGAACGGUUCAACUUCCUGUCUGCACAUUCUCACUCUCACCUGAUACAACUGGAAUUCUGGGAGAUGAAGUACCGGCUGACGGCGUUCCUGCUGCUGGCCGAGUCCAAGCUGAAGUCUUGGAUCAUAAAGUACGGCCGGCGAGAAUCUGUGGAGCUCCUGCUGCGCAGCUACCUGACUUUCACUGAAGGCCAGCGGUUCUUCGAGCAGUAUGAGGUCAUCUUCACGGCGUUACAGCAGGCCGCCGACGUUUACGUGAAGUCUGAGCGCUCAGACGAAGCCGAGGGAGUCAGCAAGUUCCUGGCGGACGCGGCGGUCCAGUGGAGGAACCUGGCGCUGGAGGUGCGCAGCGUGCGCAGCAUGCUGGAGGAGGUGAUCUGUAACUGGGAGAAGUACAGCGGCACGGUGGCGGCGCUGCAGGCCUACCUGGAGGACGCCGAGCAGGUCCUGGGCCAGUCCGAGAGCAUCAAGCGGGACUUCUUCAGGAACCUCUCCCACUGGAUCCAGCAGCACACGGACAUGAACGACGCCGGGAACUUCCUCAUCGAGACGUGUGACGAGACGGUGUCCCGAGACCUGAAGCAGCAGCUGCUGCUGCUGAACGGCCGAUGGCGGGAGCUGUUCAUCAAAGUCAAACACUACGCCCGAGCGGACGAGGUGGACAAGCUCCGGCAGGACUACCAGGACGGCAUGAACACCCUGAAGAUGUUCCUGGACGCCACCGGCGUGAAGAUGAGCGCCGCCGUGCAGGUGUCCUUCCUGAACGUGCGUGCGUUCGUGCAGGACGUGGAGGAAAUCAAGCAGAAAGUCCCGGCCAUGGAGGCGGCGUGCCGGGCGGCGGGCCGCACGGCGCAGCUGCUGAGCAAAGACGCGCCGCAGGAGGAGCUCCUGCAGAUGACGGCGGUGAUGGCCUCCAUCAAGGAGCAGCUCAGCAAGAUCAGGGAGGGGUGUCCGCCGCUGCUCAGGGAGGCCCAGGCGCUGCUGCCCCCCCUGGAGGAGAUGGAGAAGAACAUCAGCGGCUUCUACCAGGCGCUGGAGAAGGCCGGCGCCAUCACCGGCUCCAGCCAGCCGGGGGGGGGCUCCGACUUCAGGCAGAAGUGUCAGGAGCUGGCGACCUUCACCCACAGCUGCAGGAAGUGCCUGACGGUGAUCGAGCGGAACCACCAGAGCGUCCAGAGGAGCGUGAGCGGCAGCGCGGCGCUGCACCACCUGGACCUGGCUCUGCUGCAGCGGCGAGUGGCAGAGCUGCAGACUGCCUCGCAGAACAUGAUCAGGGAGUCCACGGAGUGGAGGAGGCACGAGGAGGCCAACAGCGACCUCCUCGGGAGGUUUGAGGAGUCCCGAGUGGAGCUGGAGAAGGUCCUGAAGUCGGCCCACAGCUGCAUGACGGAGCGAGGCGAGCCGGAGGAUCUGCUGAGGAAGCACACGGACUUCUUCGAGCAGCUGGAUCAGCGAGUUCUGAACUCGUUCCUGAAGGCGUGCGACGAGCUGACGGACAUCCUGCCCGAACAGGAGCAGCAGGCGCUGCAGGAGACCGUCAGGAAGCUGCACAAGCGCUGGAAGGACAUGCAGACAGACGUCCCGCUGCACCUGCUGCGCCUGCAGGUGGAGGCAGAGAGGAGCCGGCUGGAGCUCUCCCUGCAGGAGUGCCAGGCGGAGCUGACCAGGGAGAACCGCCAUCUGGUUGGGGUGGGGAGCGAGCGUCUCCUGAAGGAGCACCGGAGCUUCUUCAGGGAGAAGGGCCCCCUGUCCCUGUGUGAGAAGAGGCUGCAGCUCAUGGAGGAGCUCUGCCAGAAGCUCCCUGAGGAAGACUCCGCCCACCGCAGCCUGCAGAGCGCCAAGAAGGAGUUCGGAGAGGUCCAGACAGAGGUCCAGAGCACGCGGCUGAAGCUCCUGCAGCACCAGGACAAAUGGAAGGACUACAACAAAAGGUACGCUGAGCUCUCCUGCUGGCUCAUCUCCAAAGAGAGUCAGCUGAGGCUCCUGAGGAACCGAGCCAGCGACCCCAAGAAGUACAGUCAGGUGAAGACCGCCAUCAUGGAGCUGAGGAACGAGGCGGAGCUUCAGGAGGGGAACCUGGGCUGGCUGAAGGGCCGCAUGGCCGAUCUGAUCGAGGUGUCUGCCGACGAAGACGCCCAGCGGCAGGGGGGGGCGCUGGCCAAGCUGUCUGCAGACUUUAAGGGUCUGGUGGCGUCUCUGUCAGAGGCUGAGAAGAUGCUGCUGACCAUGGGCGACUGCGUUCAGUUCAGGGAGGAGGUCCAGACCACGCUGGAAGACCUGGUCCAGUCCCAGAAGGAGGUGCAGGCCGAAGCCUCCCAGAUCCUGGACUCCUCUGACCCGAGGGAGGCCCAGCAACUGCUGCUGGCCCACCAGCAACACCUAAAGCGUCUGCGGAUGAAGAGACGGGACGUCCAGCAGCUGCUCUGCAGAGGCCAGCAGCUGCAGGUGGAGGAGGGGCUGGGGGGGGCGGUGCAGCAGGACCUGCAGAUGUUGGAGAACAGCCUCAGCAGGAUGGAGCAGAGCGCCGACUCGCAGGAGCAAAGCCUGGAGGUGACCCUUGCAGCCUGGCAGCAGCACCGCGACCAGCAGGAGGCGGUGCAGGCCUUCGUCCUCAGAGCGCGCUCCUCCGUGGACAGAGACCUGAACUUCAGCAGUCCGGAGAGUCUGGAGGUGGAGCUGGAUCAGGCCAGAAUGCUGCUGAAGCAGAGUGAAGCUGAAGCUCUGCACACAAAGACCUUACUGAAGAGAGCCGCUGAAAUCCAGCUGAGCCCGCAGAACCGAACCCUGCUGGGUCAGCAGGCCCACGGCCUCAGGGAGCAGGUGGAGCAGGUGGAGGCCCGGCUGAAGCAGGACCUGAAGCUCCUGACUGACAUGAAGCUGCAGUGGGACGACUUCUCUGCAGACUUUGGAAACUUUUCCCAGUGGAUCUCGGAGACGGAGCAGCAGCUGGAGGACGCCAGAGCCUCUGCCGCGCCGCUGCAGGAGCAGAUGCAGACGGUCAAGGAUGUCCGUCGGGGUCUUCAGGACCGAGCUGAAGUUCUGCCGCAGCUGGAGGCGGCGUCCGCUGCUCUGGCCCACUUCGUGUCAUCGGGGGAGGCGGCUCGGAUCAGAGCCCGCCUGACGCAGGUCGGCAGGUACUGGGAGGAGCUUGGGGAAGGCGUGCAGCAGCUGGACGGGCGGCUGCAGGAGCGCUGGAGUCAGCAGCAGAAGUUCAGCAGCAGCCUGGCGGAGCUCCAGGCCGGUCUCCAGGAGCUCCAGGCGGAGCUGGAUCAGCCAAUAGGAAGCUGCAGCUCCUUCUCAGAGACCGCCAGAGCGCUCCAGCGCCACACGGACGUGAGUCAGGCUCUGCAGCAGCUGAAGGCGCCCCUGCUGGCUCUCUCAGCAUCUGCGCGGCGCCUUGGAGACCACGACCCGGCCCAGCGGACGGUGACGGAGCUGAGCGCCGCUCUGGAGCAGGCGCUGCAGGAGGCAAAGGAGAAGCAGGGCCGCCUGGAGAGCCUGCUGUCGUCAUGGCAACGGUUGGAGAAGCAGCUGUCCAACCUCACUUCCUGUCUGGAGAGGAUGGAGUCUUCGACCAGACCUGACGGUCCUCGUCUGACGGCCGACAAGAGCAAGCUGCGCUUUGAGAUCCAGUACCUGCAGGCCCUGCAGCCGGAGCUGCAGUCGCUGCAGACGGCCCACGCAGACCUGCUGACUCUGGGGACAGACGUGUUUCCAUCUGCGGCGGAGCAGACGGUCCUGCAGCUGCAGGAGGAGCUGGACGUGCUCCAGAGGAGGCUGCAGGUCCAGCAGGAGGCCCUCCCCAGAAGAAUAUCGGCUCUUCAGAACCAUCUGUCCAAGCUGGAGCAGCUGGACCGAGCCCUGCUGGAGUUUGCGCAAUGGAGCGAGAAGAUGCUGUCUGAUCUGCAUGCUGCCCCCCAGAUCCGCAUCAGCAGCCUUCAGUCGGCCGUGGACCACGUCAAGGAGACCCAGAAGGCCUUGCUGCAGCGGUCCAGCGCCCGGCAGAGCCUGGAGCAGCAGGUCCAGCAGCUCUGCCAGCUCUGUGAGCCUGCAGAUGCGCAGGUGCUGAGCAGCCAGGCAGACAGCUGCCUGCAGCCUCAGCGGGAGGCGCUGCAGAUGGCUACGCUGCAGCUGGACUGCCUGCAGAUGCUGGCAGGCUUCCUGCAGACGCACGGCGAGGUGGCGGGGGUCCUGCGGGGCCUCCGACAGACCGUGGAGAGCGCCGGCAGCUGGGACUGCGCUCGGGUGGUGGAGCUGCAGCAGGAGCUCGCCGCCGCUGUCCCCGACAUCCAGCAGCUGGAGGCGGCGGCUGCUGGUCUGGAUAGCAGUCUCUGCAAGGCGCAUCUGCACCUGAGCUCCGACGACGGCUCCUGCAAGUCCAGCCGCAUGCUGGCCGACUCGCUGGGCACGGACCUGGACCUGCUCCGGAACCUGCUGGGGACCAAGCAGAACCAGGCCGAGGCCCUGGGGGUUCUGUGGACCUCCUUCCGGCAGAGGAGGGACCAGCUGCUGCGGGCGGUGGAGGACAUCGAGGAGCGAGCGGACCAGCAACCCCUGAAGGAGGCCAGCCUGCACGCCCUGCAGCUGCGGCUCCGUCUCUUCAACCAGCUGGAGGACGAGCUCCAGGCCCACCAGCACGAGGAGCGCUGGCUGCAGGACAAGGCGGAGGAGCUGGCCCAGCGAGACGCAGAGCUGGCCGGGGAGGUGCGGCGGGACAUCGGCCUGCUGGAGACCACCUGGGAAGCCGCCAGGAGGCUGAUUGCAGAGAAGCAGGAGCAGUGCAGCCUCCUCACCCGACUGCUGAGAGAAUACCAGGCCCUGAAGGCCCGCGUCUGCCACGCCAUCAGCAGCACCGAGCCGCUGGCGGACCUGAGCGCGCUGCUGAGGGAUGGUGAGGAGACAAAGAGGGCGCUGGCUAAGCACGAAUCCAUGAAGGCAGAGAUGAGCAGCAGACACGGCGAGCUGGAGGAGUUCUCCUGCAGAGGGAAGCAGCUGCUGCUGGAGCUGAAGAAGAUCCCCGAGUGUGACAGCCAGCACAUCAGGGAGGACAUGGACGCCAUCCUGGACCAGUGGCUGGACACGUCUGAAAAGCUGGAUCAGAACAUGGAGCUGCUGGGCCGGGUCCUGGGCUUGUGGGAGGACGUCCUGAGCAUCAGCGAGGACGUGGAGAGCUGGACCAACAUUGCCACUGCCGAGCUGAACCAAAGCCUGAGCAACUUCACCGACAGCCGCAAGGUGUCUGCGCGGCUGGCAGAACUGCAGGAGGAGAUGAAGGAGAAGGAGCAGAAACUUGAAGCUCUGCAGAUCAAAGUGUCGGAGCUGAAGAGGAGCGGCCAAAGCCAGGAGACUCCAGUUAAACUGCAGGUAUUGGAGAACGACCUUCACAAGAAGGUCAGUACGGUCCGGAAGCUUCACCAGCAGUCUGCUGCAAACCUGAAGGACUUCAGCUCCCAGAGGCAGCAGCUGCAGGACUACAUCUCCCAGAUGUCAGCGUGGCUGCGGAGCAUGGAGGAGUCUCUGGCGUCUUCUCCGGGCGGGCCGGACCCCGAGGACAUCUGCAGAGUGAAGGACCUGCAGAAGGAGCUCCAGAACCAGCAGGGCAGCAUCGACUCCACCAGGGAGGGGCUCAACACCCUGUGCAGGAAGUUCCCCUCCGAGGAGCUGGCGGCUCUGGGCUCGGCGCUAACGGACCUCAUCAAGACCUACGAGAGCGUGAACCAGAUGUGUGCCCGGACUCUGGCCUCCCUGCAGAGCGACCUGCAGCAGCACUUCCUCCGUCUGGUCCAGGACUUCCACCGUUGGCUGUCGGAACAACGGGACAUUGUGAAGGAAUGCUCGGACCGAUCCGGGGACACUCAGGCGGUGGAACGGAAGCUUCAGAAACUGAAGGGUGCCAUGGGUCGCGUGGAGGAGGGGGAAUCUCGUCUCACUCAGGUGUGCGAGGAAGGGGAGAAGCUGCUGCUUCAUCUCCCCAAAGCCAGCGCUGCACAGGUGCAGCAGCACCUGUCUUCCAUCCAGCAGGACUGGGACGGCUUUGUGGAGCAGUGCAGGCAGAACCAGCAGAUCCUGGAGGACAGCGCCUCGCUCAUCAGGGGGUUUGAGGGACGCCUAAAGGAGCUCAGGAGGUGGCUGGACCAGAUGGAGAGCAGGAUCAACUCGGACCAGUUGGAGGUCAAGCAGCACGGCUCCGAGAAAGCCGUUUUGGAGCUGGUAGAGGAAUACCAGCAGGAAGUGCUCCAAGAAAGGGACUCGUUCGAGCGCCUCCAUCAGGAGGGCCAGGCGCUGAACGAGGGCGGGCGUGGCGACGGCAGCGAGACCCGGGUGUCGGCUCAGCUGCAGUCGCAGCACCAGGCCCUACUGAGGCGGGUCAGAGAGAGGCUGCGCAGCUGCCAGCUGAUGCUGCAGGAGCAGAAGGCCUUCCAGGAGACGCUGCAGAGCACCUGGAGCUGGAUCGGCGGCAUCCAGGACCGCCUGGACUCCCUCAGCAGCACGCUCGGUACCAAAGAGACUCUGGACAAGAGGCUGGGGCUGGUGCAGGACAUCCUGCUCAUGAAGGGGGAGGGGGAGGUGAAGCUGAACAUGACUGUAGGGAAAGGAGAGCAGGUGCUGAAGCACAGCGGCCUAGAGACCCAGGAAAGGAUCCACUCUCAGCUGCAGAACCUGAAGGACGCCUGGGCCAACAUGCUGAUGACCGCCAUCAGCUGCCACAGUCGGCUGGAGUGGACGGUGUCCCAGUGGAGCAGCUUCCAGGAGGACCGGAACCAGCUCCUGCAGUGGAUGGAGUCCGUGGAGCAGGAGCUGGGUUUGGUUCUGCUGCAGCAGCCGGGUCUGAAGGAGAAAGCAGCGCUGCUGGAGCGAGUGCGCAGCAUCCAGGCCAACGUGGACGCUCACGCCGGAACGCUGUCACACCUGAUGGAGAAAGCAGCCGAGAUGCACGAAAAAACCGGAGACCAGACUUUUGGACCAGAGUCUAGAGUGCAGCUCAACACACGUUUUACUGAUGUGUCUGCCGUCGUCAAGGGGAAGGUGCAGUCGCUACAGAACAUCGUGUCUGAGCAUGAGCAGUAUGUGGACGCCGUCAGAGACUUCAAUGACUGGCUGAUCAAUGCAAAGGAGGAGCUGCAGCGCUGGUCUGACCUUUCAGGAGACUCCCUGAGCAUCAGACGGAAGCUCUCCAAAGUCCAGGAGCUGCUGGACUGUAAGCAGUGCGGUAAGGAGAGGCUAAGUCGGGUCCAGAGGUUCGGGGCGGUGGCCCGAGACAACACCAGCUCCGGAGGCUACGAGGCGCUGGAGCGCGAGGAGGCAGGCCUCCUGUCGUCGUAUGAACAGUGGGAGCGCGGAGUGCUGCAGACGCGCACCAGCCUGGAGACGGCGCUGUCGCAGAUCUCCAACUCGGAGCAGGAGUUCGGCAGCCUUACGGCGCAGCUGGAGCAGGACCUCCUGGACUUCAGCGCUCAGCUGAAGGACGUGAGGCUGCGACUGGUCCAGGCAGAGCGACACGGUGACGGGGAGGAGGCCGCCACGGCCUGGAGAGCAGCUAAGGACUGUCUGGAGGAACUUGUCAAAGCUGAAGCCACAUGUGAGCGUCUGAAGACCCAACUCAACGACCUCUGCAGGUUCUCCAGAGACAUCGGCUCCCAGUCAGAACGAGUCUCUGCUCUGAUCAAAGACUACAACAGUCUGAGCUUGCAGGCCUCCAGGGACUGCCAGAGCAGGGAGCGGCAGCUGGACCAGAGGUUCCGCUCUGUCUUCAGAGACUUCCAGCAGUGGCUGGUCAAUGCCAAGAUCACCACAGCCAAGUGCUUUGACGAGCCCCAAAAUGUCAGCGAGGCGUCUUCAAACCUGCAGAAAGUUCAGGAGUUUCUGAACCAGAAAGACACCGGUGAGGCGAAGCUGAACUCUGUGCUCGUGAGCGCCGAGCGAUUGGUCGGUGUUAUGGGCAAAGACGCUGCCGACGCAGUCCGAGGUAAAUGCAACGUGGCUAGAGAAGACUGGAAGAACUUCAUGUCCACCCUUCACAGCAGGGAGGCCAGUCUCCAGAACCUUCUGUCUCAGAUGAAGGACUUUGAGGCCAGCGCCGAGCCUCUCCAGCAGAAGCUGAACGCCACAGAGCUGGUGGUGCAGGAGAGCAACAGCAGACUUCAUGACCUCACGGCCAAGAGGGCGGAGCUUCAAAAACUUCAGUCUGUGCUGGAGGACUUGGCCUCUCUGGAGACUCAGCUUCUGCGGCUGAAAGAGAAGGCCCGGCUGCUAUUGGAAGAGUAUGCGGCCGGGAAGGGCUUUGUGCACCGUGUUUCCCAGCUCUCUGCUCAGCUCUUAGCUUUAACCAACCUGACCAAGGAGAAGACCUCCCGGAUCGACCGGAUCGUUGCCGAGCAUCAGCUGUUCUCUCAGGGCCUGAAGGAGCUGCAGAACUGGGUUCUGGACACCAGCCACAUGCUGCAGACCUACUGCGCCCCCACCGCCGACAAGAGCGUCCUGGACAGCCGGAUGAUCAAGCUGGAGGCUUUGCUGACGGCUCGUCAGGAGAAGGAGAUCCAGCUGAAGAUGCUGAUCACCAGAGGAGAGUCUGUCCAGAGGAACACCUCCUCAGAGGGAGUUCCCGCCCUGCAGACGCAGAUCCAGGAGCUGAAGGACUCCUGGGACGCUCUCCACUCCGCCUCCAUUCUCUGCAAAAGCCGACUGGAGAGCGCGCUGUCGCACUGGACCAGUUACCAGGAGGACGUACGGCAGUUCACCUCCUGGGUUGAGCGCGUGGAGGAGAACCUGGACGCCGGCGGCAAACCCUGUCCGGAGAUGAGGGACAAGUCUGCUCAUCUCAGCAAAGCAAAGCUCCUCCUGGAGGAGGUGCUCGGCCACCAGCCCCUGCUGGAAACAAUCGCCGCCAAGAGCGCCGGGAUCAGUGAGAACUUCGUGACUCAGCUGGAGCUUCAGGAGCUCCAGGAGCACUACGGCGCCGUCAGAGACCGAGCCUCGGCGGCGGUCAGCAGAGCGGAGGAGCUGCUGAAGGUCCAUCAGGAGUACCAGCGCGGCCUCCGCGCUUUUCAGGACUGGCUGGAUCAGCAGCAGGAGGCGCUGGGCUGCUACACCCAACUGGAAGGAGACGUGGACACGCUGGAGGACACGCUGCACAAGCUGCAGGAGCUGCAGCUGCGCUGCACCGAGGGUCAGGCUCUACUCAACAGCCUGCUGCUCAGCCGGGAGCUGGUGGUGCCUUCAGGCGCGCCGCAGACAGACGACCGCGCCCUGGAGAGCCUGCAGCAGGACUGGAGGCUGUACCAGGCCCGGCUGGCCGACACCCGCGCGCUGCUCAACGGCACUCUGGCCCGACUCAGGCAGAUGGAGCAGAAGUUCCAGCGCCUGGACAGCUGGUUGAAGGCCAUGGAGGCCAAGGCGGAUCUGCGCAGCCACCGCAGGUCUGAGCGCGCCACCAAAGAGGCGCAGCUGCAGAUGACCCAGAGCUGGCAGGAGGAGGUGCUGGUUUAUCAGGAGGAGAUGGAGGGCCUCUCUCUGCUGGCCCAGCAGGUUCUGGACGAGACGCACAUCAGCAGCCGGAUCAGCACCAGAGCCACCCAGAUCACCGCGCGCUACCAUGCUUUGGUCCUGCAUCUACUGGAGACCAUCCAGCAGCUGCAGGAGGAGGUGUCCUGCAUGGAGGAGGCGCAGUCGGCCUCCUCCACCUUCUCCGACUGGCUGAGCGCAGCGCUGAGCAGCUUCAGCUCUGCAGCCUCAAAGGUGGAGGUGGUGGACCGCGUCGCCAUGGAGAGGAAGAUGAAGAAGCUGGAGGCGCUACAGGCCGACAUGGAGCAGGGCCACGCCCACCUGAAGGCUUUGAGGGAGCGGGCGGAGCGCGCCGCGCUGUUCCUGGAGGCGCCGGAGGCGGAGCAGCUGAAGAAGGAGGUGGAUGCUCAGGUGCUGCAGCUGCAGGAGCUGCAGGGAGCUCUGCGCUCGGAGCUCUGCUCCCUGGAGAAGUGCCUCUGUCUGUCCAAAGACUUCCUGGAGAAGCACAGGGCCCAGGCGCAGUGGGUGAAGGAGACCAGGAACCUUCUGACGUCCAGCCUGGAGCCCAAAGCCGAACUCUACCAGAAAAAGGCGCAACUGGCCAAGUACAAGACCGUCCAGCAGGGGGUGCUGUCCCAGGAGUCCACGGUGAAGUGCGUCCUAAACAAAGGAGAGGCGCUCCUGGGGGUCAUCAACGACCCCUCUGUCAGCGACAGCAUGGACCGGCUGCAGGCCGACUACCAGGAGCUCUGUGCCGUAGCUCAGACGCAGGUGGAGAGUCUGGUGGAGUGGGUGAAGGAGCACGAGGACUACAACAGCGAGCUGCAGGAGGCGGAGAAGUGGCUGCUGCAGAUGUCCAGCAGGCUGGUGACCUCCGACUCCAUGCAGACCGGCAGCAUGGAGACCGCCACGCAGCAGCUGGCCAGACACAAGGCCGUGAUGGAGGACAUCUCCAGCUUCGAGGAGCGUCUCACCAUCCUGAAGCAGAAAGGAGAGAGUCUCAUCCGCAGCUGCUCAGACCCGGUCCAGGCCAAGAUCAGCCAGCAGGUCCAGACGCAGCUCCAAGGAACCCGAGACAGCUACUCUGCUGUGUGCAGCACGGCCCAGCGGAUCUACCAGAGCCUGGACCGGGAGCUGCAGAAGCACGUCAGCCACCAGGACUCGCUGCAGCAGUGCCAGGCCUGGCUGUGCGGCGUGCAGGAGGAGCUGCAUCUGCAGCAGCAGGAGCCGUCCGGUCUGCAGGAGGCGCUCAAGCAGGUGAAGCAGUACCGGGCCCUGCAGGAGCAGGCCAGCACCUACCUGGACCUGGUCUGCUCAGCGUGCGACCUGACGGACGAGGCGGUCAGAAGAGCGGCAGCUCAGGUGCAGCAGGUCAAACUCACGAUCGAGGAGCGCAUGUCCAGCACCCAGCAGCUGUCGGAGGGCUGGAGGGAGCUGAAGGAGCAGAAGCAGGACCUGAGCAGCUUCUUCCAGGACUCGGAGCAGCAGCUGCUCAGUCUGUGCAGGAGGCCGGCUGAGCUGGAGCUGAAGAUCGCUCAGAACGUGCUGGCUCAAGCUGAGGACUGCUGCCUGCAGCUCCGGUCCAAGCAGAGCAUCCUCACCAGGAUGACGGAGUCUGUGAGCAGACUGAGCGGAGACCAGAGCUCCUCGGAGCAUGCAGACCUGGAGCGUCUCAGCCGCUCCUGGAUGGAUCUGUGCCACCAGGCUGAGGAGCUGCAGACGCAGAAGGAGGAGGACCUGCGGAGGGCUGGGGAGUACCACGCCUGCAUCGCUGCUGUGGAGGCGCUGUUUGAGCAGGUGUCCGGAGCAUGGGACAGCCUGGCCAGAACGGACGCAGAAAGUUCCUCACAGCACCUGGAGGCUCUGAGGAGCCUGGCAGGAACUCUGGAGGAGCAGAAGGCCGUCCUGGAUGAGCUGAAGGAGCAGAAGCAGAAGGUGGUCCAGCACCUGAACCUGGACGACAAGGAGCUGGUGAAGGAGCAGGUCAGCCACUUCGAGCAGCGCUGGGCUCAGAUGCAGACCCUGAUCCAGAGGAAAGUCCAGGAUUCCGUGGUCACCCUGGAGGACAUGAGUCAGGUGGAGGCGCGGCUGCGGGAGGCCCGGGACUGGGCGGAGGAGCAGCAGCCCACCCUGUCCGAGGCCAUGAAGAUGAGUCCUCCUCCGGAGCUGGCCCAGAGCUUCCUGUUCGACCACUUGAGCAUCUGCAGCGAGCUGGAGGCCAAGCAGCUGCUGCUGGCCCAGGCCGUGACCGACGCCGACCGGGUCCUGCCACGGCUGGGCCUCAGCGAGCGGCAGAACCUGCAGCAGAUGAUUGCCGACACCCAGGCAGAGGUGGAGGCUCUGAGCGUGAAGGUGGUGCAGCGCAGGAAACACCUGAGCAAGGCCUUCACGGAGAGGACGCAGUUCCUGGUGGCCGUGGGUCAGUCCAUCUGCUGGGUUCAGCAGAACGAGAAGAAGGCCCAGGAGGAGGAGCAUGUCGCCCUGCUGCCCGAAGACCUGUCCAAACAGGUGCGCUCGUGCAGGAACAUCCAGAGCAGCCUGAAGGCCUACCGCAGCGAGCUGGCCUCCCUGUGGUCUCAGGGCCGAGACCUGAUGAGGGAGGCCAGCGAGGAGGAGCGCAGCGAGCUCCUGAUCCGGCUGCAGGAGCUGCAGAGCAUCUUUGACCGGACGCUCCACCGCUGCGGGCAGAAGCUGCAGGAGCUUGAGAAGGUUCUGCUCUCCAGGAAGUACUUCAAGACGGACCUGGAGAGGAUCUGCCUGUGGCUGAAACAGGCCGACAUCGUGACUUUCCCUGAAAUUAACCUGAUGGUGGGCGGAGCCGAGCUGGAGGCGCAGCUGCACAAGUACGAGCAGAUCCUGGAGCAGGCCGUGGAGUACGAGAACCUGCUCCUCACGGUGCAGACGGCGGGGCAGGAGGUGCUGCCCUCUCUCAACGACGUGGACCACUGCUACCUGGAAGAGAAGCUGAACUCCCUCCCGCAGCAGUAUAACAGCAUCCUGGCUCUGGCCAAGGAGAAGCGGGAGAAGAUCCAGCAGGCCAUCCUCAGCAGGAGCGAGUACUCCUCCUUCAUAGACGUCACCCACAAAGCCCUGAAGGAACUGGAGGAGCAGUUCAGCGGCCUGGGGACGCAGCCUGUGGGCCUGGAGACCAAGGAGGUCCUGAGCCUGCAGAGCCAGUACAAAGCCAUCCUGGUGGACCUGAGCACUCUGGGUCUGGCUGUGAGCGAGCUGAACCAGAAGAAGGAAGGCUUCCGCAGCACCGGACAGCCGUGGCGGCCCGAGGAGAUGACCCAGCUGGUGAGCCUCUACAACGGCCUGAAGCGACUGGUGGAGCAGAAGGUGGAGCACCUGGACGAGACCCUGGAGUCCUACGAGGACCAUAAGGCCAUGGCCAUGCAGGUGGACUCUGAGCUGAGAGCCACCAAGGAGCAGCUGGACAAAGUCAACACGGAGACGCAGUCCGCCGAGGAGCGGCUGAAGAACUACCACACCCUCGCUGGGAGUUUGCAGAGCGCCGACUCGCACCUGUCCAGGCUCAUGGAGCAGAUGAACAGCCUGGCCCCCCGCGUGGACCGAGCCGCCCACGACGCCUCCAAGGAGCAGGUGGUGCUGUGGCAAGAGGAGCUGCGCUCGCUGCAGGCCGCCGUGGGCGAGCUGAUCGAGGAGUGCGAGAACCGCUUCGUCCACAGCAAGGACUUCCAGACGGAGAUGGAGAGGACCCUGGAGUGGCUGCAGCAGGUCCGCCGCGAGCUGGACUGCGCCGUCAUCGUGGACGUGCGCGUGGAGAAGGUGCAGGAGGAGAUCAGGAAGCAGCAGAUCGUGCAGGAGGAGGUGCAGUCCAGGCUGCGCAUCGUGGCCGCCCUCAGCAGCCGCGAGAAGCAGAAGUACACCAGCGCCAAUGAGCUGGUCCCCGCCCAUGUCAACCGCCGGCUGGAGGAGAUGACCAAGCUACAAGCCGACGUCCAGAGAGCACUGAGUGCCAAACAGAUCACUCUGGAGGAAGCUCUGCUGCUGUGUCAGCAGUACCACUUCCGGAUGCAGGCCGCCUGCGAGUGGCUGGAGGACGCCGUGUCCUUCCUGCAGCAGGCCAGCCUGGGGGUGGACGUGGAGAACCACGAGGAGUGUCUGCGGCAGCAGGCGGACAUCGUGGCCACGGAGCAGGAGUUCCUCAUCCACCUGGAGGAGCUGCAGGACCUCCUCCCCAAGCUGGAGCCUCUGGUUAACCCCACAGCCAGGGAGCAGCUAAGAGUCAGCGUGGAGUCCGCCCAGCAGAGAGGCGUGGAGGUCCGAGACCAGCUGCAGUGCCACAAGGAUGUCCUGCACAGCUGCGUGGCUCAGUGGACGUCCUUCCAGGAGGCGCGGCAGACCGUCAUCGAGCUGAUGAACGAGGCAGAGAAGAAACUGACUCAGUUUUCCACGGCCAAAGCGGCCACCAGCCAGGAAGCAGAAGAGCGCCUGCGCAGCCACAGGACCCUGGUGUCGCUGGUGAGCGGCUUCCAGGAGAAGCUGAGCGUUCUGGAGGAACAAGCCGCUCAGCUGGAGCUUGUCGGAAGUGACGCCAGCAAGGCCACCAUCAGCCGCUCCAUGACCACGGUGUGGCAGCGCUGGACGCGGCUCCGCAGCGUGGCGCGAGGGCAGGAGAGGGUCUUGGAGGACACCGCCCAGGAGUGGGGCACCUUCAGGGAGAAGAUGCUGAAGGUGAGGAGCGUCUCGGAUGACCUUCAGAGCCGCUUCCCCGACAGCGCCGUGGAGAAGGCCUCCAAGGCUACACUGCAGUCUCUCCUGGACCAGCACGACCUGCUGAGCCAGGACCUGGAGCGCGAGCUGUCCGCCCUCAUGCUGCUGCGGCAGUACGCCCUCAGUCUCCUGCACGCCGUGGAGGUGCCCUCACCCACCAAUGACCACGAGGAGCUGCCCAGCCUGAAGGAGAUCCGAGCGGUCCAGGACCACAUGGAGAGCCUCCUGACUCAGUCCAGAACCAAGCGGGCUCAGGCGGCUCAGGAGCUCCGAGAGAGAGAGGACGUGGAGAAAGAGCUGAGCGUGGUGAAGGUCUGGAUCCAGGAGAGCCGGGAGCUGCUCCUCAACCCCACGCAGGACAUCGACGCUCUUCUGCACGAGCUGGAGGUCCUGCACGAGGAGGUCAUCAGCUUCCGUCAGAGCGUGGAGAAGCUAGCGGAGCAGCAGCAGAGCAAAUACCUGGACCUGUACACCAUCCUGCCUUCAGAGAUCUCCAUGCAGCUGGCCGAGGUCUCGCUGGCUCUGGCUGCUAUUGAGGAUCAGGUUCUCUCCAAAGAGAGGGAGAUCCAGAAGACCAGAGAAAUCAAGGAGGACUUUGGCUCCAGAAUCCAGGACCUGUCGGAGAAACUGAAAACCAUCUCCAGCAAAUUCAACGAGAAAUCUCCGGACGUGGAGCACGCCAAAGAGGAGGUCAAGAGGCUGUUUGAAGAGCUGGAGCGCUGCGGCGGCGUGCUCUCCGAGCUGGACGCCUCCCUGCAGGACUUCAGCCGCAGGAACCCGCUGCUGGCCAAGCAGCUGAGCGAGGCGGUGGGAAAACUCUCAGAGAUGCACCACCACAGCAGCCGGCUGGCGGACUGCAGGAACAACUGGCUGAAGAAGGCCGUCUGCUACCUGGACGAAUACAACGAGAUGCUGGACUUUAUCGUCAGGUGGUCGGACAAAGCCCGGAGCCUGGUGAGGGCCAACAUCAUCUGGAACUCCUCGGUCCACCUGCAGGAGCAGAUCCGGAUCCACCAGGCGGUCCUGCGGGAGUCCCGGGAGCUCCACGGAGACCUGGAGUCGAUGGCAGAGAAGGUGGAGCUUCUGUCCGAGGUGCUGCAGGUUCAGGCGCUGAGUCAGCAGGUUUGUGAGCUGAGCCGGCGUGCAGAUGAGCUGCAGCAGAGCAUCAGGACGCAGCUGCAGAGCCUCCAGGACGCCAACAAGAGCAUGGAAGCUCUGGAGCGGGAGGUCAAGGCUCUCCGGGUCGCUCUGGAGCAGCUGCAGGCCGUGCUGACCUCCCCAGAACUGGCCCGGCAGAGCCUGAAGGAGCAGCUGCUGCAGAGACAGCGCCUGCUGGCGGACAUGGAGGGCCUGAAGGGGCAGGUCCAGGCGGUGCAGCGCUGCCAGAGCGCUCUGCAGGUUCCUGAGGACGUCAUGCCCAGCCUGGCCAUCUGCCACACGGCGCUGCGGCUGCAGCAUGAAGCCAGUCAGCUGCAGCACGUGGCCAUCCAGCAGUGCAACAUCCUGCAGGAGGCCGUGGUUCAGUACGAGCAGUACGAACAGGAAGUGAGGGAGCUGCAGGGUCUGAUUGAGGAGGCGCACCAGGUCAUCCAGGACCGCCCCGUCCCCAGCAGCAACAUCCAGGAGCUGCAGGUGCAGAUCCUGCACCACGAGGAACUCGCCCAGAAAAUCAAAGGUUACCAGGAGCAAAUCGCCUCCCUCAACUCGAAGUGCAAGAUGUUGGCGGUGAAGGCCAAACACGCCACCCUGCUGCUGACCGUCAGCGACGAACACGGGCUUCCUGCCGAGCUGCAGGACGAGGGGGAGGUCAGGAAACCGACCGUGACGAUGACGGCGGGCCGCUGCCACGCUCUGCUGUCUCCGGUUAGCGAGGAGUCUGGGGAGGACGGCCCCGGCAGUGAGGUCUGCUCCCCUCAGGAGGGUCGAUCCCCUUCUCCGGUCACUCCCCCUCAGGCUGCGGGCUCAAAGGGGGGGCUGGGCAGACUGACUCCAGCUGCCAUCCAGGAGUUAUACGACCCCACCUUAGAGUCUGUGGCCCACCUGGACGACCUGCAGCGCUCAUGGGAAUCUCUGAAGAACGUGAUCAGCGAGAAGCAGAGAUCUUUGUACGAAGCUCUGGAGAAGCACCAGCAGUACCAGUGCUCCCUGCAGUCCAUCUCCUCAAAGAUGGAGACCCUGGAGGAAAAGCUCAGCGAGCCUCUGGAGCUGCAGAGAAGUCCAGAGAGUCACAUGACGGCCCACCAGGGUCUGCUGACGGAGAUCCAGGAGGUUCAGGAGGAGAUGGAGAAGCUGCAGAGCAGUUUCACGCAGGAUCUGUCUGUAGACUCAGACGUAUCGGAGCAGCUGGCCAUGCAGUCCUCGCUGUCCGUGUUGGGGGAGAGGAUGUCCACCAUCCACAUGAAGGCCUCGGGGAAGCACCAGCAGCUGGAGGAGCACCUGAGCGAGCGGCGGGAGGUUCAGCAUCAGGAGCAGCUCCUGCAGGCCUGCUGGCUCCAAGCAGAGGAGCUGGGGGAGUGGCUGAGCGGAGUGCAGCAGGGAGCCGCCCUCCUCCUGCUGCCCCACGCCGCAGGAGAGGUGGAGGAGCAGCUGUCAGAGUGUCAGAGCGUGCUGCUGGAGGUGGAGGAGAAGGUGUCGGCGCUGUCGGAGCUGUCCGUGCGGAGCGACAACCUGCUGCUGGAGAGCCCCGCCCACACCCGUCAAGAGGCCCAGCGCCUGGCGUCCAGGCUGCAGGCGCUGAAGGGGGGGCUGCUGGAGCUGCAGAGGAUGCUGCUGGACAAGCAGACCAGCAUCCAGAACUCCCUGCAGGAGCCGGAGGACACCGAGUCCGACUCCAGCCUCUCCCACAGCUCCAGUGUGCAGGACUGGCUGGCCCAGGCCCGGACCACGCGGGUCCAGCAGCACGAGGACAGCCUCCAGAGACAGAGGGAGCUGGAGGAGCAGCUGGCCGAGCAGAAGAAGCUCCUCCAGUCUGUAGCCAGCAGAGGGGAGGAGAUCCUCACCCAGCAGGCCUCCCCCAGCAGCAGCUCCACCGGCGGGCCUCCCGACCCCGAGGCCGACCCCGAGGCCGACCCCGAGGCCGACCCCGAGGCCGGGCUGGAGCCGAUGCGACAGAGGUGGAGGAGCCUCCGGCUGGAGCAGAGGACCAAACUGCAGCUGCUGCAGGGAACUCUGGAGCAGAACCAGAACCAGGUGUUCCCUCGAGCUUCUCGUGUGACCACAGGAGGGUCGCUGUUCACAGCCCCGCCCACGGCUGACCAACCCUCGCUGACAACCCUCUAUGACGCCUUCAGGGACACGGUCCGAGACGCUCAGCCUGACGAUCGGGGCGGGGCUUCGGUAGUGCAGAUGGAACGGCAGCUCUUCUCAGCCGUGGCGUCCACCUCCUCUUGGCUGGACGGCGUGGAGAGCAGCGUUCUGUCCGGAUCCGAGCUGCGGGCUGAGAGCGCCAGAUCCCAGCUGCAGCAGCAGGAGAUCCUGGAGAAGGACCUGAGCUCUGUGGCCGAGGAGCUGAUGCUCUGCGGAUCAGUUCUAGCUGGAUCUUCAGGGCUGGCGGACGAGGACCGGGCACUGCUGCAGGACAACCUGGACUGCUUGCAAGAGAGGUUGGGUGCUUUGGGUGGGGCUUUGGGCCGGCGCUGUGAGCACAUGAGGAGCAGGGCUCAGGAUCUUGCAGCUUACCAGACGGACCUGCAGCUUCUUCAAACCGCUUUGAUCAAGAAGAAAUGUCAGAUCCUUCAGGGUCCUGCUGGAUCCUCGGACAGACCGGCCUGUGAGCAGCUGCAGGUCCUCACCUGUGAAGAGGAGACCCUGAAGGACUUUGAGCUCCGAAUAGCAGAUCUGAAGACCAGAGGAGCCGUUCUGCAGGCCGACCAGGAUUCAGCCAGCAACCUGCUGAAGCUCCAGGACUCCUAUGAGGACCUGGUGCUGAUCGUAGCCUCCAGGCGGAGCGGGCUGAACCAGAACCUGGCCCAGAAGGAGCAGUACGAGCGUGCUCUGCAGGAUUUGACCGACCUGCUGGACACCGCCAAGGACAAGAUGUCCGCCGAUGGACGGGUCCUGGCGGGCUCGGUGGAGGACAUCCAGACCCUGCUGGACAAACACAAGGAGUUCUUUCAGGGUCUGGAGACCCACAUGGUUCUGACAGAAGCCUACUUCAGGAAGAUCAGCAGCCUGAUGCUCCCAGCGGAGAGCCGGGCCCUGCAGGAGACGCUGGCGGAGGCCCAGAGAGUCCUGCGGGAGGCGCACAGUAAGGGGGUGGAGCUAGAGUGGAUGGUGGAGGUUUGGAGCCGCCUGGAGCAGGACUAUCAGGGUCUGAGCCGCCAGCUGGAGGCCCUGGAGGGCAGCACCCCCCCCGCGGGUCUGGAGGAGGAGUCUGAGGAGCGGCUGCUGGACAGGAUCUCCCUGUACCAGGGUCUGAAGGCGGGGCUGGCUGAGCACCAGCACCGGCUGCAGCAGCUGCUGGACGAGGGCCGGCGUCUGCUGGGGGGGCUGUCCUGUCCCGGGCUGGAGGGCCGGCUGGCACAGCUGGGCAAGCGCUGGCUCGACCAGACGGCGAAGGUCAGCAAGGAGCUGCAGCGCCUGGAGGCGGUCCUUAAACACUGGAGCAGGUACCAGAGAGCGCGCGCAGACAUCAGCCAGUGGCUGCAGUCUGCGCUAGAGCGCCUGCAGUUCUGGAACACGCAGGCGGUUCUGGUUCCCCAGGAGCUGGAGACGGUCCGGGAUCACCUCGCUGCCUUCCUGGAGUUCUCCAAGGAGGUGGAGGGGAAAUCCGGCCUGAAGAGCGCCGUGGUUUCGGAGGGAAACCAGCUGCUGCGCCUGAAGAAGGUGGACACGGGGCUCCUGCGCUCAGAGCUGGCACGCAUCGACGCACAGUGGGCGGAGCUUCUCACACGCAUCCCCGUGGUCCAGGAGAAGCUGCACCAGGUCCAGAUGGAGAAGCUGGCCUCUCAGCACGCCAUCGCCGAGCUCUUCAACUGGAUCUCCCUGAUAGAGACGGUGCUGGAGGAGGACGAGGAGCACCUGCAGAGCGCCGUGGGCUCCACCGUCAUUCAGGACUACCUGCAGAGAUACAAGGGUUUCCGGGUGGACGUGAGCUGUAAGCAGCUGACGGUGGACUUCGUCAACCAGUCGGUGGCACACGCCGGGGCUCCGGACCCGGAGAGCCGGCGCAGCGAUAAGACGGACUUCGCCGAGCGCCUGGGGGCCAUGAACCGCCGCUGGCAGAUCCUGCAGGGCCGGCUCAGUGAGCAGAUCCAGCUCCUGGAGAACCUCCUGGACAUGUGGCUCCAGUACGAGAGCAGCGUGCAGGCCCUGAAGCUCUGGAUGACCUCGCAGGAGGAGAGACUGAGGAGGAGGCCGCGGCUGGAGGACCUGACCUCCGUGCAGAACGCCCUGAAGGACUGCCAGGAGCUGGAGGAGCUGCUGAAGGACAAAGAGAAGGAGCUGGAGAAGGUGGAAGAGCAGGGCUGCGCCCUUGUCCAGAACAAGACCGAUGAGGCCUGUGCCAUCGUCAUGGAGACCAUCCAGGGAGUCAACCACACCUGGGCCAACCUGGACCAUCUGGUCGGACAGCUGAAGAUCAGCCUGACUUCGGUUCUGGACCAGUGGACCCUCUACAAACACGCCUCCGAGGAGAUCAAUGCCUACCUGAUGGAGGGGAGGUACUCUGUAUCGCGGUUCCGCCUCCUUACCGGAUCCUUGGAGGCCGUUCAGCAGCAGGUUCAGAGUCUGGAGGAUUUGCAGAAGGACCUGGAGAAGCAGGAGAGCAGCGUGAGGAGGUUCGGCGCCGUGACCCACCAGCUCCUCCGAGAGUGUCAUCCUGCGGUGUCGGACUCACUCAACAACAGCCUGAAGGACGUGAACUCCAGGUGGAGCGGGCUGCAGGAGGAGAUCUCGGAGCGUCUGCGCAGCAGCAAAGCGCUGCUCCAGCUGUGGCAGCGCUACAAGGAGCUGCACCAGCAGAGCUGCAGCGCCGUGCAGCUGCAGGAGGAGAGAGCCGACGCGCUCCUGAAGAGCUCCUGCAGCAAAGACUCAGCGGAGGAGGAGCUCCCCAGGUGGAUCCAGGAGUGCAGUGAGCUGCUGCGGUCACAGGCGCCGCUCCAGGCCUCGCUGGAGGUGCUGCAGACGCUGGGGGAGCAGCUGAAGCAGCAGGUGGACACGUCUGCGUCCUCCACCCUGCAGUCCGACCACCUGUGUCUGCGGCAGCGGCUGCGCGCGGUGGAGCAGGCGCUCCGCGGACAGCUCACCAGCCUGCAGACUGGAGUCCAAGACUAUCAGACCUUCAAGGACCAGCUGGAGACUCUGAGCUGCUGGAUCCGGGAAGCAGAGGAGGACUUGAGGGUCCAAGAUCCCAACGGCUGCACCAGCCUGUCUGUCAUCCAGAGCCGCAUGGAGGGGCUGAAGGAGCUGCUGCUGCAGUUCAGCAGCACGGCGCCGGAGCUGGAGCGCCUGAACGAGCUGGGCUACCGGCUCCCCCUCAGCGACGCUGAGAUCAAGAGCCUGCAGAACCUGAACAGAACCUGGACCGCCGCCUCCACCCAGACCACCGAGAGGUUCAGCAAGCUGCAGGCCUUCCUGCUGCAGCAGCAGACCUUCCUGGAGAAAUGCGAGGCCUGGAUGGACUUCCUGCUGCAGACGGAGGAGAAGCUGGCCGUGGAGAUCUCCGGGAACUACCCCAGCCUGAUGGAGCAGCAGAAGGCCCACGAGCUCUUCCAGGCGGAGAUGUUCAGCCGGCAGCAGAUCCUGCACUCCAUCAUCAGUGACGGGCAGCGCAUGCUGGAGCAGGGACAGGUGGAGGACAGGAAGGAGUUCGGCGUCAAGCUGGCGCUGCUCAGCAACCAGUGGCAGGGCGUGGUGCGGCGCGCCCAGCAGAGGCGGGGCAUCAUCGACAGCCUGCUCCGGCAGUGGCAGCGCUUCAGGGAGCUGCAGGAGAAGCUGAGCAAGUGGCUGCAGGACGUGUCCCCCCCCGCAGAGGCGCCGGGGGGCCGGGUCCCCCUGCAGCAGGCCCGCUGCCGGCUGGAGGCCGUCCAGCUGAAGGAGAAGCUGCUGCAGCGGCAGCGCGGCAGCUUCAUCCUGACGGUGGAGGCCGGCCGCCAGCUGCUGCUGUCGGCCGACGGCGCAGCAGAGGCGGCGCUGCAGGCUCAGCUCGCCAACAUCCAGGAGCUCUGGAAGGAGGCCUGCUCCCGCCUGGAGGAGCAGAGGAGGAGGCUGGCCGGCGUGCUGAAGGACUGGCAGAGGUGUGAGGCGGGAAUCGCCGCGUCGCUGGAGAAACUGCGCUCCUUCAAGAAGCAGCUCUCCCAGCAGCCCCUCCCGGAUCUCCACGAGGAGCUGCAGGCGGAGCAGCUGCGCUGUCAGGACCUGGAGAAAACCUCUGAAGGCUGGACCGCAGACCUGGCCCACCUGGCUCUGCUGAAGGAGACUCUGACCUGGUCCAUCAGCACAGAGGACCUCUCAGUCCUGCAGGAGCGCAUCGAGCUCCUGCACCGACAGUGGGAGGAAACCUGCCACCAGCUGUCGCUGCGCCGGCAGCAGGUGAGCAAGCGGCUGAACGAGUGGACGGUGUUUGCAGAGAAGUACAAGGAGAUGUGCGAGUGGCUCACCAACAUGGAGAGCAAGGUGUCCCAGAACGGAGACAUCAGCAUCGAGGAGAUGAUCGAGAGGCUCCACAAGGAUUACCAGGAGGAGAUCUCGGUGGCAGAGAAGAACAAGCAGCAGCUCCACGAUCUGGGGGAGCGUCUGGCCGGGGCCAGCCAGCAGAACAAGGCUGCUGAGAUCCAGCAGAAGCUCAGCAAAGUCAGUGACCGCUGGCAGCACCUGCUGGACCUGAUUGGAGCCAGAGUGAAGAAGCUGAGGGAGACGCUGGUAGCCGUGCAGCAGCUGGACAGGAACAUGAGCAGCCUGCGCUCCUGGCUGGCCUACAUUGAAAGCGAGCUGUCCAAACCCAUUUCCUACGACUCCUGCGACUUCCAGGAGAUCCAGAGGAAGCUGGACCUACAGCAGGAGCUUCAGCGGGAUAUCGAGAAACACAGCACGGGGGUGGCGUCUGUCCUCAACCUGUGCGAGGUGCUGCUGCACGACUGCGACGCCUGCGCCAACGACGCAGAGUGCGACUCUAUCCAGCAGGCGACUCGCAACCUGGAUCGGCGUUGGAGGAGCAUCUGCGCCUUGUCGUUGGAGAGGAGGCUCCGAAUCGAGGAGACCUGGCGUCUGUGGCAGAAGUUUCUAGAGGACUUCAGUCACUUUGAGGACUGGCUAUCCCCGUAUGAGGAGACGGCGGCACAGCCCAACUCCUCUGGAGUCCUUUACACGGAAGCCAAGGAGGAGCUGAAGAAGUUUGAGAUGUUUCAGAGACUGGUCCACGAAGGCCUCCCCCAGCUGGAGGUCAUCAACAAGCAGUACCGCCGCCUGGCGAGGGAGAACCGCACGGACUCCUCCUGCCACCUCAGAGAGAUGGCCAACAACGCCAACCAGAGGUGGGAUGACCUGCAGAAGAGGGGGGCAGUCAUCGUCCGCCGGCUGAAGCACUUCAUCAGCCAGAGGGAGGACUUUGAGACGGCACGGGACGCCAUCCUGGUCUGGCUGACCGAGAUGGACCUGCAGCUCACCAACAUCGAGCACUUCUCCGAAUGCGACAUCCAGGCUAAGAUCCGGCAGCUGCGGUCCUUCCAGCAGGAGAUCUCCUUGACGACGGCCAGGAUCGAGCAGAUCUUCCAGCAGGGGGGGGCACUGAUAGAGAAGAGUGAGCCUCUGGACGCCGCCGUGAUAGAGGAGGAGCUGGAGGAGCUCCAGCGCUAUCGUCAGGAGGUUUUCGGUCGAGUGGAGCGCUACUACAAGAAGCUGAUUCGCCUCCCGCUCGCAGAGGAGGACAUGGACGCCUCCUUCUCGGACCGCGAGCUGGAUGAGCCCGGUGAUCUGUCCGGCGUGCCGUGGACCGAGCGUUCGGGCGACGGCUUCCUGUCCCCCCUGGCUUCGUCGGGGCGCUCGGCCUCGCUGGCGGCCCAGCUGCGGGCCGAGCGCUCUGGCAGAGACACGCCCGCCAGCGUGGACUCCAUCCCGCUGGAGUGGGACCACGACUACGACCUGAGCCGCGGCCUGGAGAGCGCCGGCCGGGCGCUGCGGGAGCAGCAGAGCGAGGAGGAGUACCUGCAGCCGCCGGCGGGGUUGUCUGAUGUUCAGGUGUCAGAGAGCCUGGAGGCCUUUGUUAGAGUAACUGAGCAAACUCUGCGGUCCUGCACGGGUGACUCCGCCCCCCCGGAGGCUGCCGACGACCCCCCCACAGAGCAGGACCCCUCCUACAUGGGCUACAUGCGGCUGCUGGGGGAGUGUCGCGGCAGCAUCGACGCCGCCAAGAGGAUGGGCUCGGAGCUGCAGGAGGAGGAGGAGGUGCUGUCGGGGCUGGUGGAUCCCAGCAGCUCAGAGUCCCAGGCUUCAGGUGUGAUCGAGCGCUGGGAGCUCCUCCAGGCCCAGGACCUCAGUAAGGAGCGCAGCAGCCGGCAGCAGCAGCAGCUGACCUCUGACCUCGGCAGCGUGUGCAGCUGGCUGGAGGAGGCGGAAGAGGAGCUGCAGCAGCAGCGGGGGAGGGGCGUCACCACGGACAUGCAGACCAUCCAGCUGCACAUCAGGAAGCUGAAGGAGCUCCAGAAGGCUUACGACAAGAGGAAGCCCAUCGUCCUGUCCAUCAACCUGUGCAGCCCCGACCUCCUGCACCCGGACCUGCAGGAGUCCCGGCAGCUGCAGGCCCGGCUGAAAGACCUGAACCAGCACUGGGACCAGCUGGGCGUGUCCCUGGACGAGUGGAGGUCCUCCCUGCAGGAGGCGCUGCUGCAGUGUCAGGACUUCCACGAGACCAGCCACGGCCUGCUGCUGUGGUUGGAGAACAUCGACCGCCGGAGGAACCAGCUGCUCCCCAUCGACCCUGCCCAGGACGCAGACGCCCUGCUGGAGCGUCACACCAGCCUGACGCAAAUCCGGCAGGAGCUGCUGGAGUCGCAGCUGAAGGUGUCGGCGCUGCAGGACAUGGCGCUGCAGCUGCUUCUCCACCCCCACGCCAGCGACUGCUCCGAGGCCAAAGAGAAGGUUCACGUGAUCGGGAACCGCCUCAAAGUCCUCCUGAAGGAGGUGACGCGGGACCUCCGGGAGCUGGCCAAGGCCCUGGACAUGUCCAGCAGCCAGCAGGAUCUGUCUUCGUGGUCGUCUGCAGACGACCUGGACACGUCCGGCUCCCUCAGUCCCGCCUCCGGACGGAGCACGCCGAGUCGCCAGCGAUCGCAGCGGGGCGACAGUAGUGCGCCACAGCCGGGAGCGUGUGUGAGCGGCCCCCCCCUCAG